CCUGUAUCACUCGAUUUAUACUAAUCAAGCGUCGAGGAUAAUAUUCCACUCUGCCAGUUGCGGCAGGCACAUCUUGUUUUUUUUCUCUCUGUAAUCCAGUAAGCUUUGUUUGAAAGGAGAACUUUAUCUUUUUAAUUAAGUAUACAAAAAAUAUAAAAAAUAAACAAGGAAAACGGAGUAGCUAUCAAAGAAUAUCGAUGUUUUUGCAGUGAAAAUUUAAAUAUUAGAAUAAAAAAGGAACUAUUUGACAGGUUUUGAUGAAGCUUUUUGUGAACUUACUUCCGAAAAAGAACUUUAAAUUAAAAUUUAUAUAAGGAUUCCGGCAUUUCAAUUGUUUGUUUAAAACAUUUAUUGGUGAAACAUAUGUUCAGGUAUGGAAUACUGUGAAUUCUAUAGAUGUGCUUAUAAAGUUAUUAGGAAAUAACAAAAGUAAAUGAAGAAAACUAUAAAAAUAUAAAAGGACAUUUUUUUAAUUUCUCAGUGUUUAGUUUGAAUAUUCAACAAAGGAUACAAAAUGGAUUUGUUUACAAGUAAAACAGGAUUCCAGUGUCUUCCAGUGUUAGCAGUAAUUUUUCAUCUAGCAACUACAUCAGAAUUGGGUCCAUCAUUAUUGACAGUGGAUCCCCCUCCCAUGGUAAACGACAAUAUUAAUCCAGACUGCUACAAUUUUACUCAUGGAAACUAUCACAAUAUGGAAUUUUAUAGCCCAGGAUAUCCUUCACAAUACCCAAAUAACAUUGACUGUGUCAUGUAUCUUCAAGCUCCACAUGGAUUUAACAUCAUGAUGUAUUUCAUGGACAAGUUCUCCAUCGAGGAAUCCGACGCAUGUAGGUUUGACUACAUUGAACUCCGGGAUGGACCAUUUGGCUAUUCUAAGUUAAUUGCAACAUUUUGUGGCGAGGGUUUCCCGGAAACAAUUCAUACGACGUCGAGAUUUCUCUGGGCGAGAUUUGCGUCUGAUCAGCUUGUACAGUUUGAUGGUUUUAGAGCCGUGUACGAGUACAAAAUUGACGAAGACUACACACCCAUGUCGUCUGUGGAGAAAGUUUGCCGGAUAUACAUGGACAAUAUGGCCCAAGAUGGGGAGCUCAAUUCCAAAGUGUUCCCAUUAGCAGAUACGUCACGUAGAGAUUAUCCAAUCGCAGACCCUGUCGAUUGCACGUGGGAAAUGCUUGCUGACCGUGGACACAUGAUUUUGCUUACCGAGAUUAAAUUACACAUGCUCAGAGAAGGACAGUGCAGCCGCAACAGAAUCGAAAUUUACGACAGAACUACCACAGAAGAUGAUCGAACUGGUGUUUACUGUGCCGGGCCUGUUCCGGAAUACUGGUCAGAGUCGAAUCGUGUAUACUUGAGAAUAUUAGGCAGUAGACUGUCCGAGAAACCAGUUUUGUUUGCAAGAUAUACUGUUUAUAGACCUGCAAGGAAGGAACAACGUGAGCCGUGCGAUUCCAGUGAGUUUCAUUGCGACGGUAUGUGUCUCAGUCAGGCCUUGGUAUGUAAUGGACAUAAGAACUGUCCUAAAAGUGGUUUAGACGAAAAAGGAUGUGGAGCUGAUGAGGCGUCAAAUUCCGAGUCUCAAACGAUUCCAUUGAUCGUUUUUAUUCUUGCUGGCGUUGGUGGACUAAUUCUCGUUAUUGUAAUUAUUGGUAUUUGUGUAACUUGUCGAUACAAACGAGGUCAAAAGAAACGGAAGGGAGUUCAGAGACAAGACAGUCAGAAACGAAAUGCUUUGGAAAUGGCAGUUAGUGACAGCACUAACACAGCGCAUCAACUAGCCAAACAGAAUAAUCAAGGUAGUUACUACUCCCUGCCUCGACCUUCAGGACAUGCAACCAUGAUGCAGCACAGAGGUAGCUUCUCUAGCAAAGUUCCAUCGGAAGGCGAUUACGGAGAUCACAUGUCUGAUUCGAGCGCCUAUAAGAAGUUUCUACAGUUAGAGCAAAACAUUGAUGAUGAUUCAAGCCGCUGUCCAUCACCUUACAGUCCAGGGUUUACAACAAUUAUUGAGCAACAUCCUGUCCCACCAGGAAUGACACCUGACCUCGGCUGGAACUACCAAGGUGAUAUUUCAGGUGUCCCCAGCCUGGCAGAGAACUUGUCCAAAUUACAGCAAUACACUAAUUUUAGCAGUAGCUUGCCGAAAACGAUUCCUGUCCAACAAGGAGGCGAUCAUCCGAAUACAGGUAUGACAAUGGAGUUUAGAUACGACCCAUCACCAACCGUAUAUCCGGCGUCUAAAUUUAGAAUUAAGUCUCCUGAAUUAAGCUACGGUUGGAAUCCAGAUAAUAAAACUGGAAGUCCAGCAGCUAAAUCUCUCACAUUCAAAAACCAAGACGCUGAUGUGGCGCCAGAUCUCACGCGAGAGAUUGAAACAACAUGAUGAUAUCAUUUUUAAAAAAAUAAACACUGUUAGUAAAUUUGCAGCAAUUGGGGUGUUCGAAAACAAAGGGAUCAAAUACUUAAAUGUGACAUGCGAAAUGUCUGCGCUCAAGGAUUCAAAUUCACAACAUCACUUGAGAUAUAUGUGAUAAUUGUAUCAAUAAUAAAAGUGAAGCAUAACACCCAUGUUAUGUUAAAGUCAAAAGGAAAGACUGCUGAGAAUAAUGUGGGAAAAGAUAAAAUGAUGGAUGUUUCAUGCACUUUGAUGUGUGUUAUGUUGCUUAAAACUGAUGAAACUAGUGAGUGAACCUUUAUGGUUAUCAGUGUUGCAGAACGGAUGAUUUGUGACAAGAUUUUGAUUUCGUUUCUUUUCUAGAUAGUUUGUACAUAUUUGUGUAAUAAUUACACAAUAUAACUUAUCCUAUGCUUUUGUUGCAGAAUGCUUUUUGCGAAAAUCGACCUGCUAUUUACCAAGGUUGAUAACAUAGUUAAAAUGAAGUAAAAAUGACACAAACCCAAAAUGACUCUUACAAACUUCGUGAAAACGAGAUUUCGUAAAGACGACACUAUGUAUUACAGAUCUUGUAUAUUUGCGUUUUAGCUCACUAUCUACAUGUAGUACCAAAAUCAGUACGGUCACAAUACGCUGCUGCACCCGCAAUGUGCAACGUGUUAGAAUCGAAAUGAUAUGUUUUGUGAGAUAUUAUAGCAUUUAUAAAAACCUGUCGUCGGUUAUUUGUAUCAAUUUAAAGGGUGUUAAAAGUAAAGCUAUAUAUGGUCAAAAAUAACUAAUUCAAAACUGUACACUCACGUUGUUCGCACAUGCUCGAGUUGACACAGAUGAUUCAUACAUAAAACAGAAAAAAAAUCCCAUGCCAAAUAUGAUUCAACUAGUAUGUCACUAAUUCUUUGUAAUCAUUCACUGAAGCCUUUCGCCCUCUUCGUGAUAAUGUUACUGCACAUUUGAACUCGAAUCGUGUAUCAUUCUACGGAAAGCACUAUUUCCUCCGAUGUACAGUUAUUUACUAUUUUUAUACAGUUUGUAUAAAUUUAAAGUGAAUUAGUCUAUAAUUAAAGGUCUGUAGUACAAUUAAUAAUUACUUUGAUAGUAUUUAGUAUAAGACAUUACAACAAAUCACGAAAUAAUUAUAUAUGGAUGUUCUUGGCAAUUGUGAGAUACAUGUUCCGAUAUUACAUAUAUUUAUAUAGCAUAUAAUAAAGUGUUCUAGAACAAAAUAUUAUUAUUUAUCAUAUAAAUGUAAAUCAUUUAGAACUAUAAUAUGUUAUAUCUUUCAAAGAAUAUUUCAUAAGACUAUACAAAUGAUACAUUUCUAUUGUUUAUAUCAGUAUUUGAAAUGUUAACGGAAAAUGUGCCCAUUAUAGAUCAAAAAACAAAUGUUUGUGAAUGGCUGGAAAUUAUUGUUUCACCAAAUAUAAAAUAUAUAUGCUGAAAUUUCAAUUUUGACCAUUUUUUGUAUCAUACUGUAUAACCAAAUCUAAUAUAUGCAUCUAUAGUGUGAACAGUGACUAUGACUAUCAAAACUUGCGGCACCAAUUUCGUUGCAACAAAUCUAUUUUAUAUCAGGACGUGUUAAAGUCUUGAUAAGAAUAUUUUAACAUCAUUAUACUAAUUUGAAUUUAUUGGUGCACUAAAUGUGUGUAUUAGCUUGUUUAUAUGUUGUUUAUUUUUGUAAAUUGAACAUAGUAGAUUAUGUAGUAAAUCAAUAUUAUAUAUAUUUUUAAAAUGUGUUUGUAUAUUGUGUUAUAAAUUGGUAUAAGAUUAAUAGUUCUUGCUUGUACUUUGCUAUAUAACUGUUAUUAUUAGACACCGCUAGACGCCGCGCGCAUGCGACGUCUAGUAGAUAUGCAUUUGUCCAUAUAGCAAUGGGGAAAAUUUUAGAUUUGAUUUUGUGUAUUUUUGUUUUGUUUUAACAAAUCACACUGUUUUCAAAUUUUCUAAUAAAAAUAGCUUUUCUGAUGUACAACAUGUCACAGAGCUUUAAGGGGAUUAGAAUAAACGUUUAACUGAA